AAGAAAAGAAAAAACAAAAAAGAAAAAAAAAGGACAAGUCGCGAAGAAGAAAACGGGGACCUCGCUCUGAAAUUAGGGCUCAAAUAGUGUGAGAGAGGAGCAACAAAAUUAUCUUCAGAUCUGAAAUUUUUGCAAGUUAUACCAAUUGAUUAUUCAAAUUGAGAGUAUUUCGCUGAAUGGAUCAAAUUAUGAACAAGGUUGGUUCUUAUUGGCUGGGCCAGAAAGCCAACAAGGAAUUUAGCUCCGUCGGCGAUGAUAUCAACUCUUUUUCGAACAGUGUUGAAGGAGGGGCCAAAUGGUUGGUUAACAAGUUAAAAGGGAAAAUGCAGAAACCAUUGCCCGAACUCCUCAAGGACUACGACCUGGCAGUAGGUAUAUUCCCUCGUGAUGCCACCAAUUACGAAUUCAACGAGGAAACUGGAAAGCUCACUGUUUACAUUCCAUCAGUCUGUGAAGUUGGGUACAAGGAUUCGUCUGUACUGCGUUUCUCGACCAUUGUGACUGGUUAUCUAGAGAAAGGUAAGUUGGCUGACAUUGAAGGAAUCAAGACGAAGGUUAUUGUUUGGGUAAGAGUGACUUGUAUUUCUUCUGAUAACAAAUCGAAGCUCCAUUUUACUGCCGGAAUGAAGAAAUCCAGGAGCAGAGAUGCUUACGAGGUUCUGAGAGAUGGAGUUUGCGUAGAGAAAUUCUGAGACCGUAUUUGAUGUUUGAUUGUCUCGAAUUGUAAUGAAUUUUCACAGUAUUUUUGGACCCUUUUGUCGCGGUGUGAUUGCGUAAUUAAUGUAAUGAUGUCGGUAUGGUAAAUAAUUGUUUGUUGGCGGUGAGUGUAAAGAUCGAUACAUAUUUCCAUAUUUCGUUGAAUUAACUGUGUCGAAUGCCGC